CACGCGCUGUGCUCGCGUGACAUUGUCACAGCGUUAAGAAUCCCCAAUACUCCGAUAUGGCAGGGUCCGAGGUUUUGAAAACUCUGCUCUAUACAAUCAAUACAUUACUCCAGCAGGAAAAAUACAAAGCCGCUCUUGCUGUGCUUAAAGGAUUCAGGAAUGGCGCCGUGUACGGUGCUAAGAUCCGGGCUCCACACGCACUGGUGAUGACCUUUCUUUUUCGAAGUGGCAGCCUUCAAUCCAAGCUGAAAGCUAUAGCCCAGGCCACAUAUACACACUCAAGGAACCUAGCCUACUUUGUAUUUUCAUAUAAAGGACUAUUGGCACUUCAGAAGUACAUUCAGGGAAAGAGUCUUCAGUCUCACUCAUUCUUGGCUGCUUGUCUUGGAGGUUGGCUAGUAUUUGGGGACAAUAACCACAUCAACAGCCAGAUAAAUAUGUACUUGCUAUCUAGAAUUCUGUUUGCCUUGUGUCACCUGGCUGUGGAAAAGGGCUACAUCCCCAAGCCCAAAAGUGACCCAUUCCCACUGUUUGCCACGCUGGUGUGGGGCAUAGUUCUCUGGCUAUUUGAGUACCAUCCUCACACCCUGCAGCCCUCACUCCAGUCCUCUAUGAACUACCUCUACCACGACAGCAAUACAUGGCACGACCUCUCUGAUUUUCUUAUAUACAACAAACCACGGAUUUAAGCUUGUUGAGCAUUCUUCUCUAUUAAACCACAACUAGUGAUGAUGGUGAGAUAAUAGUUUGAGUUGAUCAUCAGUGACUGUUCUAGGGUAUGACUUUUUUUAUUAUUUUUUUUUUUGGUAAAUGAUGGCCAUAAAAUCUGCACUUUUACAUAAUUUAAUUCCUAAUGUAGUCCUAAUUUUAAGUGAACAUAUGAUAACCUCUGAUUUUGUACUUUUUGCACAUUUGUAAUUUGGUGUUCAAAAAGAGAACUUAUUUCAUAAUUGGUAAAAUGAAUAACAAACACAAUUUGAACUCUUAAUUGUUUGUUAAAUUAGUUAUUAACUGAAUGUGUUUUAAAUAAAUAAAUAAAUGUAUCGCUUUUUGAUUUAGGGGAAUGUGGAAAGUCCUAUUUGAACUUAAAAUUUAUAUCUUUUGCAGCAGUGGCUGCAAGCAAACAGUUUCUAAACUUAUCGGUCAGUCCAUGACACUGUCCAAUCGCUCAUGCAUAAUUAUUUUUAGUUUAUGACCUUUACGGGUAUCAAAGUAUUAACUGAUUUCAGUUCUUGCUGUAACAGCUCAGCACUGUGGACCAACUUAAUCGUUUAUGCUGACACAUGCUCUGACAUUUUCCAUUUUUUCUUUUGGGAGUUCUGUGUGAUUAUAGUGAGAUAUAGUGUCUAUUUCAUGGAUAUUCAGCUAAAAUGUUUGAAGGUCCGGCAGAUUCUUUGCUUAAAAAAGGUACCGACCCUUGUCAAAAAAUCCUAAAGGAUUUCAAAAGAAACUUUUAUACAGGACUGUAAUUAGAAUUCUAAUUACAGACAUAUUUUGGAAGCAUUCCUAAAAGAUUCCUAUAGUAAUUGUCUUGUAGGACAAGACAUACAGUGGGGGGAGAUAAGUAUUGACAUUUUUUUCAGUAUAUUUCUAAUGAGGCUAUUCACAUGAAAUUUUCAUCAGACAUCAGUAUUAACUCAAGAAAUCCAGAAAUAUAAAGAAUUCACAUCAUUAAAGUCCAUAAAUGAAGUUAUGUGUAAUAAAGUAGAAUGACACAGGAAAAAAGUAUCGAACACGCUAAGAAAAAGCAGUUUUCCAAGGCAAGGUAAGUAAUUAUACCUCAUAUCUGUGCACAUUAAUAUCAGCUGGGUUAGUAAAAAUUGAUGGUCUAUAAAAAGGCUUUUCGUUACGAAGGUGUCACACAAGAAACAUCUCAUGAUGGGUAAAAGCAAAAAGCUCAUCCAAAACCUUCGCGACCUUAUUGUUGCAAAACAUAUUGAUGGAAUUGGAUACAGACGUAUUUCAGAACUUCUCAAUCUUCCAGUAAGCUCCAUUGGGCCCAUUAUCCGCAAAUGGAAUCAACAUCACUCCGUCAUCAACCAGCCACGCACCGGAGCUCCUCGUAAGAGUUCUGACUAGGGAGUCAGAAGAGUAGCCCAAGAGUGAAGGACCACUUGGAAAGAGCUCCAGAAACACUUGGCGGCAGCAGGUGCCAUCGUCACAGAGAAAAUAAAAGGCAAUACACUCCAAUGCUCACGCUCAUCCCGCAGGACUACUAAUGAAGAAAAGGCACAUCGAAGCUCGUUUAAAGUUUGCUACAACUCAUUUGGACAAAUCUAUGAAAUACUGGGAGACUGUAGUCUGGUCGGACGAGAGCAAAAUUGAACUUUUUGGCUGUCAUACUACACACCAUGUUUGGAGAAGAAAUGGCACUGCACAUCACCCUUAAAGCACUAUACCAACAGUGAAGUGUGGUGGUGGAAACAUCAUGGUGUGGGGCUGUUUUUCAUCACAUGGUACUGGCAGACUUCAUAUAAUUGAAGGAACGAUGAAUGGAGUCCUUUACCGGUGGACAUUCCAGCAGGACAACAAUCCAAAGCAUACAGUAAAGGACAUUCUCAAUUGGUUUCAGAGAAAAAAAAUCAAGGCGUUAGAAUGGCCCAGUCAGUCACCUGACUUGAAUCCAAUUGAACAAGUUUUAAAGAAAAUAUGUUUAGAAGAAUGGGUCAAAAUGGGCCACUGCAAACAAAUGCUUCUCACUAAGUAUUUAAAAAAAUUCGGUUAGCGUGUCCAAUACUUUUGUCCUGUGUCAUUCCUCUUUAUUACACAUAAUUUCAUUUAUGGACACUUUUUAAAAUAUAUAUAUAUAGAAAAUACUCUGUUUUUAAAUAAAAUCUUUUAGGAUUUUUAAACUCCCAAAGCACACUUUGGGAUAGUAAUCUUUGGGAUAGUAAUCUACUAUAAUUUGCCAAUAAAAAGGCAUUAUUUCUAAUAAAAUACAAGUAGAUUUCCAAUAAGAUUCUAAAAAUCAAAUAAGAUCCUACAGGAUAAGCUGAAAUUCCAAUAGGAAUUUUGACAAGGGGAUAUGCAGAUAACACAAAUGAUAACAUUUAAUGCUUAACCAUUAAUGAUUAGUUCAUUACUAUAAAUAAGACAUCAAAUUAAAAUGGUUGUUUUGUUUUGUAGUAAUGUUUCACAUGACCACAUUUCAGUAGCACUAAAGACUCUGAGUAGAUGAGGCAUUAUUUUGAACUUGACGCAGAGAAUAAACACACACUUCUCUGUCCA